GGCCUCUCCUCCCCGUCAGGUCAGACUGCGCAUGAGCAGAAACUGCAGCCCGGAAAGAUGGCGGAAGAAGGGGAAAGAAAAAAGAUCCCUUUGGUUCCAGAAAAUCUCCUGAAAAAGAGGAAGGCGUAUCAAGCUCUCAAAGCCACACAAGCAAAGCAGGCACUUUUGGCAAAGAGGGAGAGGAAAUCAAAAGAAGUCAGGUUUAAGCGACUGGAAUCAUUCGUACAUGAUUCCUGGCGGCAGUGUCGUGAUGAUGUGCGUGUCCGUCGACUACAAAUGAAGCCUCGUGCAUUGGAAGUGCCUGAUAAACACUCCUUGGCCUUCGUUAUACUCAUGGAAAGGACACAAGGAGUGAGUUUAUUGGUGCAGAAGACCAUAGCAAAACUUCGUCUGAAGAAAUUGUUCAGUGGUGUCUUUGUGCUUGUCACCCCUGAAACUAUGAAGAUGCUGCGCACAGUGGAGCCUUAUGUGACCUGGGGAUUUCCGAAUCUGAAGUCUGUCCGGGAGCUCAUCUUGAAACGAGGCCAAGCAAAGAUUAACAAUAAGACUGUCCCUCUGACAGACAACACAGUGAUUGAGGAGCACCUGGGGAGAUUUGGUGUCAUUUGCCUGGAAGACCUCAUCCAUGAAAUUGCCUUCCCGGGGAAGCAUUUCCAGAAUAUCUCUUCAUUCUUAUGCCCUUUCCACCUCUCUGUGGCCCGUCAUGCUACCAAGAAUAGAGUGGGUUUCCUCAAGGAGAUUGGCUCUCCUGGCUACCGGGGUGAACGCAUCAACCAGCUCAUCCGCCAGCUGAACUAGAUGGGGGCCAGGAUUUCCAAAAGCACGGUGCAUUGGAGGAGUGCUUUGUGUUAUUUAAAAUUAUCAAGUAUCUUCAGAGAAGAUGAUU